GAGAAUUAUUUAACUACAUCUCCCACAAACCAUAGCGGAAACAACAUUUUCCGGGGUCGUGAACAGUGCGAUGUAAGAUUCCUCCUAGUUUAGUAGAUAGCACAAGGUGGAUGUGCAUCUCGUUGGGAGGUGGAGGUGGUGGUAAGUAGCGAUGCCCCUGGAGGUGAAGUGGCCGUUCCCACAGUGCCCCCCACUGGCCUGGAGGGUGACCAGCACCCUGGUUAUGGGAAUGGUGGGCUCUUACAGCUAUUUCUGGACCAAAUAUCUCAACUGUAUCACGGUCCAUAAUCAGGAGGUUCUGUUUGACCUUAUAGACCGACGCCCACCCGACACACCCCUCAUUACUCUGUCCAAUCACCAGUCCUGCAUGGACGAUCCACACCUUUGGGGAGUGUUGAAACUCAGACAGCUCUGGAACUUCAAAAGGAUGCGCUGGACUCCGGCUGCAUCAGAUAUAUGUUUCACCAAAGAGUUACACUCGAAAUUCUUCAGCAGAGGAAAGUGUGUUCCUGUUUGCAGAGGUGAUGGUGUGUAUCAGAAAGGCAUGGACUUUAUUCUGGAAAAGCUGAACGGUGGAGACUGGGUUCACAUCUUUCCUGAAGGGAAAAUCAACAUGACUGAGGAGUUUAUACGCUUGAAAUGGGGUGUGGGUCGUCUGAUUGCAGAGUGCUCCCUCAACCCAAUCAUCUUGCCGAUGUGGCAUGUUGGUAUGAGUGACGUGCUGCCUAAUCAAAGUCCCUACAUCCCUCGUACUGGACAGACUAUCACGGUCCUGAUAGGGAAUCCUUUUACAGUCACAGACCUCCUGCAGUCCCUCAGAGAGAAGAAGAAGAGCCAGAUGGAGAUGAGAAAGGUCCUAACAGAUUCCAUCCAGGAGGAGUUCCGCAGGCUACGGAGCCAAGCUGAGACUCUCCACAAGCAGGUACAGACCACCAGCUGAGCCCCUGGUCUCUGUUCUGGCCCCUGACGGGCCCCUGGCCCCAACCUCAGGAUACCAACUCAAUUUAGUGGACAGAGAGACCACACACACACAAGCUUGUUUUACUGUACUUAUGAGGAACCUUUUGAGACCAAAAUGUAAUAUUUUACUACAUCUGAGUAUAAAUUGCAGAGACAUUGAGUCAACAUUCAGAACUACUGCAAGAACUGUGGUUUGGUUCCCACGGUAACAACAGAACUGUGGAUUGGUUCCCACGGUAACAACAGAACUGUGGAUUGGUUCCCACGGUAACAACAGAACGGUGGAUUGGUUCCCACGGUAACAUCAGAACUGUGGUUUGAACACUGGUGGGUUUCACACAGCAACAACAGAACAGCGAUCAAACGGGAUGUGUAGUUCUCCUGCAGGUUGUAUGAAGAAGAGGCCUGGUGUUUUCACGGGUCCCAGAGGAAGUACUGGUGGUUUUUCAGUCUGCUGAUUUUGUUGAGAGACCUUUUAAGUAAAAGAACCAGCAGUGUACUUGACAUUGUGUCCACUGGAAAAUGGCAUUUUAUUUGUACAAUGAGAUUUGCAGAAUGGACUUAACAAAAACAGCCAGGUCCCAUGAUGUCAGGGAAAACUGUCCAGAAGGACCUCUCAAUUAUGCCAUCUCAGCUCCAUCUUGCCUUCUAAUCUCCAUCUCUUCUAAUCUCCAUCUCUCCAUCUCUACUUAUCUCCAGUUAUCUCUCCAAAUGUAUAUCUUUCUCUCUCUCCAGUUAUCUCUCCAGAUGCCAUCUCUCUUGUUGUACUGUGUGGCAUGUAUUUCAGUGUUUCCCAGCACUUCCCUCAGCCCCACCAUAUGUUUAACACCUGAUUUUAUUUUAGUCCAUUAAUCAUAAAGCCUUUGGAUAACUGAAUAAGGUUUGCUAGUCUAGGAUUAAAAUGUCAGGGAGAAGAUGAACUCUGGUGUAUCUGAUGAGCAUGAUGCUUGUGUAUUCUGUCCUCUCUACAGAUCACAGGACAGGAUCUAUUUACUAUGAUUGCCUUACUUUGAUUUACAAAAUGCCAUGCUUGUGUGCGAUGCCACCAAUAAAGCACUGAGUUUUGUACAUUUCAAA